AUGGCAAGUGAAGAAAAGCCUGCCGCGACUGCGUGGCCUGCAGGCGUGCGUCGGCAGUCGCCGGGCGGGGAGUCACGAGUCAUGUCGCGUCGACAGCAAGCUAGACCGCGCCUACAUUCGCGAACUCGUUCACAGGCUCCGGAAUCCACUCCAGCUCCAGAGCCAGCCCCUGCGCCAGAACCAGAGCCCCAAGCGGCUUCGGACGACGAGAAGGAAUCUGAAUGGCGCCACUCUCGUCCCCCAUCACCCCCUCAGCGUAAUGAAGAUAUAUCAGAAGGUUCUGAAGCCACAACGCGACCGGGUCGACCAGAACCGACGAGCCGCUACGCAAAUCUAAACUACUGGAAGGCGAGACGUGUUACAUUUUACCGCAAUGGCGAUCCGUACCAUCCAGGCGUGGAGUUUCGCUUUAAACCGGGUCGAGAUCUUGUGUCAAUGGAUGCGUUGCUGGACCGAUUGUCUGAGCGACUGGAGCUACCAAGAGGAGCGAGGUUCAUCUUCGGCAUGGACGGCGAUCGGAAAUACAGGCUGGAGGAACUCGAAGAUGGAGCGUCUGAUUCUGGUGGUGGUCGCACUCCAGUCUUAGCAAUGACCACUAUGUUUUGA